CGUGCAGCAGAAGAACAGGGAGGGCUCCUCUGUUUAUCCCCAGUGAUCGGUGAAGAUGGCACAGACUACUCAAGAAGAAACUGGACCCAUCUGGUGAUACAUAGCCCACCCUGGGGCCAACGACUUACUUCGCUGUGCCCCCUUGGAGUACCUGGAUGCCCUUCUUGAAUGAUGUAAGGGGUAUAAGGACACGUAAGAACAGAUCCAGCAGCAGGAAAGGGGGUGUGUGUAGGGAAGCCUGCAGAAGUGACACAUGAGGAAUGAACCUUGAGUCACUUUGUAUAUGAAGAGUCCUGACAACUCGGAUCUGUAGGUCUUUGAGGCAUGACUCCUUGCUUCCUGGGAUAGCCUGGAUAGAAGACCAGAUCAUGUGAGUCCCCAGGCAGGAGCUCCACACCAUGAUCAAGCGAGAUGGGUAUGAAGGGAGACAGGUGAAGCCAGUGAUCCACACCAGCAUUGCCCUUUGUAUCUUCUUGAUCUGGACCACAGAGGUCUCUGCCCUGGCCGACUUCUCAGGGUAUCUGACAAAACUGCUGCAGAACCACACUGUGUCCGCCUGUGACGGGGAACACCUGAUGCUCCAGUGUCCUCGCCACUCCACCGUCAGCAUCCAGUCAGCGUCCUAUGGGCGUCCUUCACAUAACCCUCCAAAGUGUGCCUCGUUAUCACUAGAAACCAUGUACAGUCCACAUCACAAGUGCCUCGCAAAAACUGCACUACAGAAAGUCCUGGAUGAAUGCCAGAAUCUGAGAUCCUGCCAGCUCCUUGUGAAUAGUCGUGUUUUUGGGACAGACCCAUGCCCAGGCAUAAACAAGUACCUUUUGGUGACCUACAAGUGCAAACCCACUGAAUACAAAUCCACAUCUGUCUGUGAAAACCACGAGCUGAAGCUUCACUGCAAAGAGCCAAAGUUACUCAAUAUCUAUUCCGCUGUCUACGGCAGGUUUGCCAAUGAAAAGAACCCUUGUACCAAUGAUUUGGACCGAGGGACCCCAUAUGACUGUGUAUCGUAUUCUGCCCUGAACAUGCUGGCACAGAGGUGUUACGGGAAACAAAGAUGCAGAAUGGUGGUCCACGAUAAACAUUUCGGAAGUCCCUGUCUGCCUGGAGUCGUCAAAUAUCUUACUGUAAAUUAUACUUGUGUUCCAAAUAUCAUACUGAAAGAGGUUGACCCCAAGGUCUCUUAUGUAAUGCCCCCUACGAAGCUGAACGAUGGUAAAUACGAUAUCAAACCUGACCUCUCAGAAUCACGGCUUCCCAGCAAGGACGGACUCUUCUUCAGUGACCUUCUUGCAGCGUAUUCCUAUGUAAGAGAUCAUCCAGAAAGGGCGUCUUUAUUCUUUGUGUGCAGUCUUUGCAUCGGAUUGAUCAUCACGCUUUUUGCAUUAGUGAUCCAUAUCUCUUGGAGGAAGGACUGUCGUAGGUACCAGAAAAUGAACGGACAAAUCGUGCAAGGGAUAGACUGUGAAGAGACGGAUGGAGACAGCAGUGAGGAGGAGGAAGAAGAGGACGAAGCUUCAACCAAGUCUCACUUUUCCCAAGAGUUCCGUGAGUUAUGCAAAACGUCCCGUCCCGUCCAUUGCACAGAAGACGCAGCAGACCUCGCGGAACGCAUAGAACGUCGAGAACAAAUCAUUCACGAAAUCUGGUUGAACAGUGGACUAGACAUUCCCCCUAGUCGAUUUACAAUCCCAUUUUUUUAAUGAGUUUAUGUAUGAGUUCUAGGGGCAGAUCCCAGGAGCUGUGGGCCUAUACUCUGCCGCUCUUUACCCGAUAAUACUCUUCUGUGAAGGGAAAUGUAUUUUAUUAAGAAGGAAAAGGCAGAAUUCUACUUUUUAACUAUGGAGACGUGUGACAUAAGAGCUUGUUUUUAUUUUUCUACGGAUUAAUAUUUAUCAGUGUAAACUUAUUCAGAGAUAUAAGGAGGAGAGAGAAUUAUAUUCUGUAUGGAUAAAACAUUUUACUUCUAAUUAAAGCGGUAGCAUCACCUAAAGGGCAAUUUUGCUCUAGUGAUCAUGCCGCUGUAAAAGUGCCUUUGUCAGGUCUCCAAACUGAGGGCAGUAGAUGAUAAAAGAGCUAAGCUUGGGGAUAUAUAGUUUUCUAGGAUUUCAUUCAGUAUUUUAAUGUAAAAUGCUAGUUAUCCGCUGCCAGGUCUCAUAAAGCCUGUGAGUCCUUUUUUCAUCACCCACAGUCAGUGACAGCUUUUCUUGUCUGACUUUGUAUACAGGAAGAACUGUCAGUCAUUGUAUGAGGAUAGGGCAAUAACUCUAACAGGCUUUAUCUCUGAUUAGUCGGGGAAGCAGGACUCACAGGCUUUAUCUAUGAUUAGUCGGGGAAGCAGGACUCACAGGCUUUAUCUAUGAUUAGUCGGGGAAGCAAGACUCACAGGCUUUAUCUAUGAUUAGUCGGGGAAGCAGGACUCACAGGCUUUAUCUAUGAUUAGUCGGGGAAGCAGGACUCACAGGCUUUAUCUAUGAUUAGUCGGGGAAGCAGGACUCACAGGCUUUAUCUAUGAUUAGUCGGGGAAGCAGGACUCACAGGCUUUAUCUAUGAUUAGUCGGGGAAGCAGGACUCACAGGCUUUAUCUAUGAUUAGUCGGGGAAGCAAGACUCACAGGCUUUAUCUAUGAUUAGUCGGGGAAGCAGGACUCACAGGCUUUAUCUAUGAUUAGUCGGGGAAGCAGGACUCACAGGCUUUAUCUAUGAUUAGUCGGGGAAGCAGGACUCACAGGCUUUAUCUAUGAUUAGUCGGGGAAGCAGGACUCACAGGCUUUAUCUAUGAUUAGUCGGGGAAGCAGAGCAUAGGUUUUCUUUAUGAGUGAGCAAGAGAAGCAGGACUUACAGGCUUUCUGUAUGAGUGGGCAGGAAGCAGAACUAACAGACUUUCUAUCAAGGGACAGGGGAAUCAGGACUCACAGGCUUUCUGUAUCAGUGGGUGGGGAACCAGAACUUACAGGUUUUUGCUAUGUGGGUGAGGGGAAGCAGGACCCAUAGGGUUUCCAUAUGAGUGGGUGCUAAAAGCAGAACUCACAGGUUUUCUCUUAAGAGGGUUAGGGGAAGUAGGACUUUAUCCAUGAUUGGGUCGGGAAAGCAGGACUCACAGGUUUUCUCUAUGAGUGGGAGGUAACAGGAGUCAAAUUUUUCUUCUGCAUGGGUGGAGAAGCAGGAUUCACAAGCUUUCACUAGGAUUGCCUGGGGGAAGAAGGAUUCACAGGCUUUAUCUAUGAGUGGGAAGUGGAAGCAGGACUCAGAGGCUUUCUCUAUGAGUGGGAAGUGGAAGCAGGAUUCACAGGCUUUCUCUAUGACUGGGAGGGGGAAGCAGGAUGCACAGGCUUUCUCUAUGAGUGGGAAGUGGAAGCAGGACUAACAGACUUUAUCUAUGAGUAGGAAGUGGAAGCAGGACUCAGAGGCUUUCUCUAUGAGUGGGAAGUGGAAGCAGGACUAACAGACUUUAUCUAUGAGUAGGAAGUGGAAGCAGGACUCAGAGGCUUUCUCUAUGAGUGGGCAGGUGAUGCAAGAUUCACAGGCAUUCUUUAUGAGCGGGAGGUAACAAGGAGUCAAAGGCUUUAUCUGUGAGAGGGUGGAGAAGCAAGACUCACAGGCUUUCUCUAUAAGUGGGUAGGGGGAAAGCAGGACUCACAGUCACAGGCUUUCUUUAUGAGUCCUGGCAGCAUUUAUGUAUUAGACUGUAUUUUUUUUUUAAUGAACUUGCCACUGGAAGGAAAUUGGCCAUUUGCUCUACACUUUGUGGGACAUUCUUGUAAAAAAAUUGGAACUAUUGUUAUGUUUUAGCUCUGUUGGGAAUAUGGUGAUGUUACCAAAAGUUGAACAUAUUAAAGGAAACCAUGUAGUGUGCCCUUGGCAGUUAGGGUAGAAUGGUGAAAACUUUCAAACUGGUUAAAAUAGACAUUAAUAAUAAUUGAAUGAGUAGAGCUUGUGACAAAGUGAGCCCAGGGUAGUGAAUGAUAAAUUUGCCUCACCUCCAUAGGCAUGUUUAACACCUUCCUCUACUCCACAUCAUGCCUACUAUACAUAUUCACCAAGAUUUAAUUCCAAAAAGUUCAACACGGUUUUAAUAAAUUUGGCGCACUUUACAGCGCUUCUUCACCACACCCAUUUUUUUUUUUCAACACUGCCAAAUGUUAGGUAUAAAAUUUGUCUAAAACAGAUUGAUUUUACACAAUUUGUGACUGGAUUCUGGCACAUUUUGAUUAACCGAUCUCUUCCAUUGUGAUAGCAAAAUGGAUCACAGGCAAAUUUGAAGUAAAUACAAUAAUAAAACUAUUGAGGAACUUUCUACUUUCUAGAAUAAAGGUCAGCUUUGUUCCCAGAAACAGCGCCACUUUUGCCCAUGGGCUGUAUCUGGUAUUGCAGCCCAAGGAGAAGAAUAGCACAGUUUUAUGUAAAAGACACAAAGGCAUGAAUAUAUUGAGCUCCUCAUGCCAGUUUUAUGGCGUAAAAAAAUAAUUCAAGUUUUGGCACACACCAUUUUUCCAAAAAAAGUGCAACUUUUUUUUUUUUUAUUUGUCAUCACUCUCAUUACUUUUGAUAGGUGGGUGGGAAAUUGAGAAUGGUUAGCCAGGUGAGUAGGUGUAAAUCAAAUUUAACAAAUACGAUUUUUUUUAUAAUCCUGCAAAAAAUGGCACAACCUCACUCUAGUAAGGGUGCGGCCUACAAACUGGAGGAACAAAAGUAAAAAUAUGUAAAUAUGCAUACAUUUAUAAAUAUGCAUCAAAUUUAUUAAACAACAUGCAAUGCUUGAUACAUUUGUUGCAAAUGAUGGAAAUGCAGACUCAAGAAGACUGACCUCAACAAAUUCUCCUCGUGAUAAAUCUCCCCCAAAAUCUACUUCCAGUCAUGGACAACCCCUUUACCUUUUCAGUGUAGUUUGGUACUGGGGUGAAAAAGAAAUUUAAAUGGUCACUUUGUCACUAAUUACUUGAAUGAGGUUGAGCUGCAAUACCAGACAUAGCCUACGGACAAGGGUGGCGCUGUUUCUGGUGGGGAGGGGGGCAGUCAGUGGUCUCAUAAACCACUAUUGCCACCACAUCAUUGUCCAUAGGUUGAAACCAUAUAUAUUUAUUUUACAGUAUUAUUUUGUAAGCUAAGAUAUGGUAGAAAUCAUACAUGACUACUAUAUACCAUGUACUGUAUAAUAUAUGCAUGGAAUACAUAUACCACAUGUGUAA